AAUGGGCUACCGCUACCUAUGUUCUUCGUUACAUGUAAACUGAUAAAGAAUUUAUUCUUAAUUGCAUUUUUUACUUGAAUGAAGGUGAAGUUCCAAUAAUAGUGAUCUGUUGUUGUAAAUUGACUAACAAAAACCUCAUACGUCCUUAAAUUUUGAAAAACCAUAGACUGUUUUUCAUCACGAUGAACAAAGCUGUAAUUAUUAUUUUAGUAUCGAGUUUAUCGUUAAUAUCGAUGCUCGAUGCACAAUCGUCAAUAAACGACGCGAAAAUUCACGAAGAAGAUAAAUUUACCAAGGAAUGUAACGUUACAAAUCCAGUGACACGAGAUCCUCGCGAUUUGAUCGUUUGGUCUCUUCUAAAUGGAGCUAGAAUAAAUCUAACUCAAGAUGAAAAAUGUAAUUUACACUGCUUCCUUCAAAAAGCCAAAUUCGUAGAUGAAAAUGGUAACCUACUGGGCACAGGACUUCUCAACUAUACACUCAAGAGUAUUCCGGAAAUCGCUCAAUACAGCGAUGUAUUAAUCGCUCAAAUAUUCCAGCUCAGAAGAUCAACGAAAAACAUGGACAAUGCAGACAAAUGUAAAAAAGCUUUCAUCAACUAUCAUCAGUUUGGCCGAAAUAUUUUCACUCUGGCAAUAGCGAAGAGUUUACCUGGAGCCGAAAAUAUUAAAAAGGUUUUAGAGAAAGGCGAAGCACCAGCUCCCGAACUCCAAAGAAACGUUGAUCAUUAUUUUCAGUCGAUCAAUAAUGUAACGGUACCGUACGCGAAUUUUACUCCGACAGCAUUUACCAGAUUAGCACAAUUAGUAGCUUUCAAAACAUACACAGGUGUUUGUGUAUCAUGUGUACUUUAAUGGACCUAGACCUAUAGCAACUCCGUCUUCGAUACCACGAAUCAUCUACAUCACAAUCUAGAGGUUUAUUUUUUAAUUUUAUGAUUUUUUUUGGUUUGUGAAUUUAGGUAAAGCAUUCUUUUGUAAUUUGCUAAUGUGCAAUGUUUUGAAAAUGGAAAAAAUACCUCAAAUAAAUACAUAAUAAAUUAAA